GUUCAAGCAGAGGUUCAAGCAGAUGCAUCGCUUGGGCUUGCGCUGCUGACGAGAAGAUCCUCCGUCUUAUCGAGAGCCAGCGAGACGGCAGAGAUCCCCUUUACGCUGCUCUUCAACCACAAGAGGAAUCUGAUGAAGCUGUCCGACGAGGACUUGGCUUUCGAUCAGCAGACGAGCCUGCUUCGACAAAAUGUCUUCCACACCAUCGAAUCUUUUCGAGGUGCCGGGGAGCCGAAGGUCUUCUUCUGGGACAAUGCAGAGUGCGCGCAGGGACUUCGCAGCCUCGAGCAGUUUGGAGGAAGCGAGCUUGCCAAGGAUUUCGAGAGUGAGCCAGCAGGCAUGGUGAAAUCUGAUCUCUGCCGCUUAGCCAUGCUCUACCUCUACGGAGGAUACUACUUCGACACGGACAUCUUGCCUGUUGUUCCCAUGUACGACCACCUGGGCAAGGACACGACUUUUGCGACGGUGGUUGCGACGGAUGGAGACAAUCUCUUCCAAGCGUUCAUGGCCGCGAGCCCUCGGCACCCACUGAUUGCAGAGGCGCUGCGGACUUUCCGAAGCUGGUACCGUGGCGACCUCCAGUCAGGCACUGCCGGUGGCAAUGUGGGCACCGUCCUCCUGAAGCAGGCCUUCAACGACUGGUCUGGGGAAGCUGUCGCGAACCGGGUCGUCCAUCGCCACGGGCACGUGUCGCGCUUCUUCACUGAGGGCAAGAUAGAGAGCCUGAAACAAAAGUUCUCCGGACUACUGCAGGGGUCUUCAGAGGGCCUGUGCAACUAUGCCGUGGUGGACGGCUCUACGCAGACUCUGCUGAUGUAUUCGCGAGUCUACGACUCCCGCGCUCACGUGGCAUGUAAGGAGGAAGCCCAGCUACUGGGUACCCUCGGCAAGUGA